AUGGAGUCAUCUCGUCCUGCCUCACCGGUCACAUUGACACCGCAGUGGGCACAGCGUCCAUUUGACAACCCUGCUGCGAAUAUCAUCCUCCGUUCAUCCGACAACAUCGACUUCUGCGUCCACAGCGUCAUCUUGUCCGAAGCAUCUCCGUUCUUCAAAGACAUGUUUAGUCUCCAGCAGCCCCUUGUCGAUCACAACAAACCUGAAGGCUUGGACGAUUAUAGAGACGGCCGUCCCGUGAUUGUCGUCGGAGAAGGUAGUCGGACGCUGGACAGUCUACUGCGUCUUUGCUACCCUAUCGCAGGUCCGAAAAUACAGGCGUUGACGGAGGGUCCGGCAGUGUUGGAAGCAGCCCUGAAAUACCAGAUGGAGGAGGCGACAGGAAUUAUGUCCAGGGCGUUGAUGAUGUUUGCGGCCGAUCAGCCGCUACGUAUAUGGGCAAUUGCGUGUCGGCUUCGUCUGGAAGGAGAGGCCAGAUAUGCAGCAAGAUUUACCCUUACGCGGUCGAUUUUUGAUGACUUUCCCAAGGAGAUGCAAGAGGUAACUGCAGGUCCUUACUUCCGGUUGCUGAAGUAUCAUCGACUGCAGGGAAACGUUGGAGUACAUUUCACCUUCCUUUCUCCAAACUCUCCCAAGCAUGUUUCCCAAAGCUCACAGGUGACCGAUAGCUCCUCGCUGGACUUCGUCGGUUAUCCAUUCGCGGAUCUCAUAUGUCGCUCGUCUGAUGGUGUCGAAUUCCUUACCCACAAAGUGAUACUCUCAAUAGCUUCGCCGAUCUUACACACUCUCAUCACGAGCCUGCCAGCCAAUCAGGUGGACACAGACCAAACUUUGUCUCCAAACAAUCUUCCUAUCCUGAGCCUCGAGGAGAACGGUCGAACUUUGACAGCACUCCUGAAAUUGUGCUAUCCCGUGGAAGAAUCUUCUACGAAGAUAGAUGACUUCAGCAUCGUUCAGAGUGUUCUCGAAGCUGCGAAGAAGUAUGAUAUGGCAAGGGUGGCUCCAGUGGUCAGGAAGCAUUGGGCUUCACUGGCUGACGCAGAGCCUCUGCGAGCCUACUUCACAGCAGUGCAGCACAACUUCGACGAAUGCGCCAGACAGUCAGCCAAAAACGUGCUCGAAGGCCCCAUCGAGAAUGCGUAUGUUUCAGAAAUGGAGGACGCACCUGCCCAGGCGUAUUAUCGACUUCUCCGGUACUAUCAUGCCUGUCAGGAUAUUCUUACUACUGCGUUCACGCAGUACGGCGACAAAAUCAAAAAGAAAAAUGAACUGACCAAAGAGGAGAUCUUUGACCACAGUUGCUCCUGUAAUGCACCCGCAACCGAAGUCAGGAUCAACUUACCGGACUCUUUGAAGGAGUAUGCCACUGGCCAGUCUUAUAGUGUCGGCAGCAAAUAUGUCAAGAUGCGUUUUGGAUGCACCUGUAAAUGGAAGGGCUGGUUCAAUCAACAUUUUGCGAGUUCAGCGCAGCUGUGGCAUGACUCUCCUGCGAAGGCACGCUCAUGUGAUAGCUACGUGACGAAUCUGCUCAAGACUUCGGUCGACAAUUCGAGUUGGUGCUCGUCGUGUCGCCCACUUGCCGAACGAUUUGCGGACUUUGCUCGAGAUAUUGGCUCAUCUGUCAACGGGCGAAUGGCUCAGGUGCAGCUCGAAUUAUAG